AUGCAUACUGCUCCUCUACCUUCAGGUGCUAUGCCUAAUGGAACAAGGCUUCAAGUAGGGAAAUAUCAAGUUAUCAUCCACAACUUUAUCGCUGAAGGUGGGUUUGCUCAUGUUUAUCUUGCAAGGAUAGAAGGUAAAUCUGGUUAUGUCGUAUUGAAAAGAAUCGCAGUACCAGACGCAGAACGCUUGAAAACGGUGGAAAAAGAAAUCGCAUUUAUGCGUCGACUAGGUGAUCAUAAAUAUAUUGUAAGAUAUUACGAAUCAAGAGUAGAUCCAUUACCUAUUGGUGGAUUUGAAGCUUUGAUUUUGAUGGAAUACUGCCCUGGUGGUGGUGUUAUUGAUUUGAUGAAUCGUAGAUUACAGCAACGAUUGACUGAACCAGAAAUCUUGAAAAUAUUUAGCAAUGUUUGUGAAGCUCUUGCAUAUAUGCAUUAUUGUCAACCUCCAGUGUUACAUCGAGAUCUCAAGGUGGAAAAUAUUCUGAUUCUUUCUCAAGACCAAUACAAACUCUGUGAUUUUGGGUCUGCUGCGCUCUCCAAGGGAUCUUACAUACCAACUACUUUACAAGAAAUUCAAAAAGUGGAAGAUGAUGUACAACGACAUACAACUCUACAAUAUCGUGCUCCGGAAAUGAUUGAUAUAUACCAAAAGAAACCAAUCACUGAAAAAGCAGACAUUUGGGCUUUAGGUGUUCUCCUAUACAAACUUUGUUAUUACACUACUCCAUUUGAAGAACAAGGUCAACUUGCUAUCCUGAAUGCUCAUUACUCCAUUCCAUCAACACCUUAUUUCUCAGAAAAUCUCAGACGACUCAUCAUGUCCAUGUUACAAGAAGAUCAACAAAAACGACCCAACAUUUAUCAAGUGGUGAAAACUGUAUCUGAUUUGAUGCAUGUGGAAUGUCCUAUUCGAAAUGUAAGUAGAGUACAAAAAGUCAAAAAAAAAAAAAGGCAAAUGGCUAAUAUGAUAUCUAUAGAUUUAUCAAGAUGCUUAUGCAAGUCCCAUCUCCAAUCAUGA